AUGCAGAAACAUAGAUCGAAGAGAGCUCAAUACAUUAGUCAUGUGGUUUUACCUUGGUUGGAUCAAUUAUACCAGCCAACAUCAGAUCUUCAUAUUGAUUCUUUGCAGCAUUGUAACCGUACAUGGUGUUUUUGUUCGAUAAGACCUGCAGAUUUCAGAAGUUAGUUUAGUGGAAGUUAAGGCUGGUUCUAGAGAGCUAACA